UUGCUGUGUUGUAGUGGUGACGUUUUCCCUCCCUCUCAUUCCCUUCCUUGCCUGUACAUAAGUGUGGAUGACUGGCGUUUAAGAGUGACAGAGAGAACAAGUUCAAGCCUCUUGGACGUUUGGUGCAGAGGGCCACCAUGACCCCUGCUGAGAUCCUUGAAGAUGACUCUCCAGCUUGGGCAGGGUGAUUGACAGGAAACGCGUUUGAGCCCAAGAAUGAAUGUGGUGCCAGUGGGUGGGACAUCCUCUUCCCACCUAGUAGUACAUGUCUCUGUCACCUGCUCUUGGGUGUUGCUGCUCUUUCAUACUGCCUUUGGUCAAAAACCGGCAAAGCUUCCCUUGAUUAGUCGGAGGCCCUUUAUCGCUGCCUGGAACGCUCCCUUAGAUAUGUGCACCAUCAAGUACAACAUUUCAACCAACCUUGAGCGUCUUUUUCACAUCCAAGGAAGCCCACGUGCUACUUGGACAGGGCAAAAUGUGACAAUUUUUUAUGCAAACCGGCUUGGCUACUACCCCUACUACACGCCACAAGGCAAAGCCAUCCAUAGUGGUCUGCCACAAAACUGCAGCCUGGACAUGCACCUGCUCAAAGCUUAUCAGGACAUUGUUCACUUCAUUCCUGCAGAGGAUUUCCGUGGCCUGGCUGUCAUUGACUGGGAGUUCUGGCGACCUCAGUGGGACCGUAACUGGCACAGGAAGGACAUUUACAAACAAAAGUCGAAGGAGCUGACUAUGAAGGCGUAUGUUAAUGUGACUGUGGCUCAGGUUGAAGUGCUGGCUCGGAGACGGUUUGAGAAAAGUGCCAAAGCAUUCAUGCAAAGGACAAUCCAGUUGGGAACACGGCUACGGCCCAGUGCCCACUGGGGUUUCUACCUCUAUCCAGACUGUCACAACUAUAACUUGCAUGAGCAGAACUACACUGGCCUGUGCCCGCUGUCGGAGAGGAUGAGAAACAAUGAGCUGUUGUGGCUGUGGAACAGCAGCACAGCAUUGUUUCCUUCUGUGGCAAUCAGGAAAAGCCAUGCCAACAGCAUCAGUAACUGGCACUUUGCCCACAACAGAAUCCAAGAAUCACUCCGGAUAGCCUCACUGACAUCAAAGGAAUAUGACCUUCCCACCUAUGUCUACCUCAGACUGGGCUACCGAGAUGAUGCCCUGGCCUUUCUCACCACAAAAGACUUGAUUCAUACUAUUGGGGAGAGUGCUGCUCUGGGAGCUGCAGGAUUCAUUAUCUGGGGGGACCUAAAUUUGACCUCUUCCAAGCAUAACUGCACUUUGGUAAAGUCCUUCCUGAAUCACCGCCUUGGUCAAUACAUCACCAAUGUGACGCACGCUGCUGAAGUCUGCAGCGAAUUCCUGUGCCAAGGGAACGGCCGGUGUGUUCGCCGGGAUCCCCGGGCCCACCACUAUCUCCACCUGAGUGCUGAGAAUUACCAGAUUCACCCCUCAGGGGAUGGGGCCUUUGCUGUCAGCGGGUGGUCAUCACAGUAUGACCUGCAGGAGCUAACUGAGAGAUUUAUUUGCCACUGCUAUGAAGGCCAUGAAGGAGACACAUGUAACAAUAUAAACAAAGUAAAAGAGGAUGAUGACCUGAGGAGGGAAGAGAGGAACGAACAAGAACGGAAGAGGACUGAGUGGGAGGAUGAGCAGGGUGGGCUGUGGGAGAGCAGGGAAAGCUCUGCCCUGCCAGUCUGUUGCACUCAAUGCCAGAUACUAUGUUUGCUAUAUUUGAACAUAUUGCUCAUACAGUUGCUUGUAUAGAUGUAAACAAAGGUUUAACCAAAAUGCAGCUAUGGACAGAUAUUUGUUCAACACAUAAUUACUAUUUUGUUUUAUAUAAAGACGGGUUAGAGCUGUUAACAUAAUUUUGUUAGCACAAAUAUGGACAGCAUAUGGACUUCUCUUUUUUCUCGAAGAAACACCACUUCUCAUCAAAAAAGUCCUGAACUGCAUAUUUAGUCCUGAUCAUGUGUUAGUAGAAGUAUCAGGUAUGAAAGUUGUAGCCAAAAGGAUUGCACAGAUACAGCCAUUAUGGUCAUAUGAGUUACAUCUGUCAAGGUGUGAAUGGUUGUAAAACCACCAGCAGAGACUAGUCAAGGCUGCAAAGUAGGCAUUAGAAAGAUGGAGCCUAAGGCCACCUGCUCUGUUUACCGUUUGUUUUUUCAUGUUUAACACAGAUAGCUUCUUUCAAUCUUCUCUCAAACCACAUGUGUUCCUUCAACUUGAGAUGUAGAUGAACAGCUGAGCUGACUUUUUUUUAUUGGGCCACCAUUUGCUGUAGUUAAUGAUCUGUUUCUCUAAUGUCAAGGUCUUCAUUCCUUGCUGUAGUGGACUGUAUGCUGCACCACUGAGGUUGUUUUUGGGUAGUUUAUCCUUGAGAAUGACAUUAAUCAUGUACCUCUUCUUAUUUUUUACCCUCUAUGGAUUGAGUUGAAUGUUAACAUCAGUCCAGUCAGGGUAUCCACAGGUUUGACGUGCUUUCUUGAUGUGUCUGUGUUCUUUGUUCUUCCGUCCUUGUGGGGACCUGUUCUGCUUAAUGCUGCAGAGUUCUGAUGACUGACAGUUUAUGUUCCAGUGGGUGGUGAGAUUAAAAAAACAAGUACUGGUCCAUGUGGUUGUGUUUCUUAUACACUUUAAUGUUUUGGGUUCCAUCUCUCUCAGUGUGUACCAGACAGUCGAAAAGAGGUGGCAUUUGGCCUUUGACAUCCUCCUAGGUGAACCCCAGAGGGUUUGAGUCACUUGACUUUAACAGACCUACCAGUGUGAUCAAAGCAUUUUGGACAAGAGGUGAAACAUCUUGUAGAAAACAAAGAAGUCUACGUGCCUUCUAUUUAACCACUUAGGAUUUUCAUGUCCUGGAUGACUGAGUUUCUACACCAACAUUAGUACAUAAGAGCCAUGCUUGCAUGAAAGCAAUGUAAACAUGAAUAAUUAAAACAUGAAUUUACAAUAUUUAUAAAUAGUUUUUAACUGGUACAUCCAAGGAUUUUAAUGACAGUGACAUCAAGCUCAAGUUCAUGCAGGGCUGAAAUAAAAAAGGUGGAUUUUGAUGGUGCAUGCCAGUAUGUGCAGGUGUCAUCAUACUGGCAUUACAUACUGUACUUGUUUUGACUGACUAAUAUUGUUCAACGAGGUGGACUGUGUUUGCUUUCGAUUCUUCUAAAAAUGUUCACUCUUGAUUGAAGGUGUCUGAGCUAUGGAUUCCUAAUAAAGAGGAAGUUUGAUUUGUCAACCA